CGCAGUAAGAUCCAGCACAGAGCAGCAUGUUUGCAUACAUGAGCUCCUGAAGUGCGAGAGGAGGAGAGAAGGAAACACGGGGAAGCGAGGAGGAGAAGAAAAAGCCCCGGGGAGAAACGCUGUCAUCCCCCGCUGAAUGUUAGCACAGUGUUCGCAUCUAAAAGCUCAGAGAUGGAGCUGUCAGCGAUUGGAGAGCAAGUGUUUGCCGUGGAAUCGAUCGUCAAGAAAAGAGUUCGGAAGGGAAAUGUGGAGUAUCUGCUGAAGUGGAAAGGAUGGCCUCCAAAAUACAGCACAUGGGAACCCGAGGAACACAUCCUGGACCAGCGGCUGGUGCAGGCCUACGAAGAGAAAGAGCAGAGAGACAGAGCUCUGGGCCACAGGAGGAAAGGAUCCAAAGGCAAAAGACUCCAUUUGCAGGAUUCCGUCUACACCAUGGAUCUUCGCAGUGCUCACAAGACACCAGAGACGCUGCCGCCCCGCCUGCGUCUCUCCCUGACGCGCUCGCGGGUCUCGGAGGACGAGGACGAGUCGUACGACGAUGACGACGACGACGACGAACAACAAUGUCACAGGAGCAAAUCCAGGAGGCCACGGUUCAGGUACUUUGACUCAAAUCCUCCGAGUCCAAUGCUGGAAAACUGGGAAGGUCUGGAGGAGGAAGAGGAGGAGGAAAGGGAAGAGGAGACGGUAGAGGCUGAAAAGGAGACGACAGAAGACUUCUUUAAUGGACAAGAGAGGACAGACAGGUGGUGCGCCAUGGCCGGACCAGAUGAUGUCACUGCAUCAGAGGAGCCGGGCGACGCGUGGAGACCCAUCCCUUGUCCAGGAGAGGUGACCGUCACAGACGUCACCCUUAACGCCCUCACAGUGACUUUCAGAGAGUCAAGAAUGGCCAGUGGCUUCUUCAAAGGCUGAAGGUUGUGAGACGUGAUGAGGAGAGGGGGGGCGGGGGUUGAAAGCAUGAGCUCUGCAGCGAAGGCUCUGGUUUUAUCAGAGUGUGUUUAAAACCUUGGAUAAGCGGCAACAUUGGCGUUUCUGUUCCUUCUUUGCAACCACUUUCUUUGUCAGUCGGGUCAGUGGUUUUGUUUACAUGCACAGAGUCACCUGAAUGUGAGGUGCACUCCAGGUAAAGUUAUCUGUAGGUGGUUGUCACCUAACACAAGGCAUUAGAUCUCUGUCAAUAUUAGUGGCUUUUAAGGGUGACAAAAGGAAACAUAAACGUGUGGAAAAGUAAUUUGCGCUUAGCUAAUUACAGACAGACAGACAGACCACAGAGCCACUAAAAACAAAAAAUGUGACAAAACUUUACUCCCACGGAGUGAAGUACUGUCACAUACUAAACUAUUCCUUUUUUUUGGAUCAUAUUUUCAAAGUUUUUACACUCCAGAUGGGAGUUGAACUCACAAUCCUUGAUUCACAUGGCCAUAGCUUUAUCC